AUGGAAGCGGUCCUACCUGCAGGACGAAAUGUGUGGGUCAGAGUUGAAUCAGCUUAUAACUCUAGCUCAUAUCCAGUUCGAGAUGUCGAUGCCUUGAAAAGUAAGUUCGGCCUCUUGCGCAACCACGCCCAGCCAACGGGUGACCCGUUAUGCCCCCAGGACGUUGUUCGUGUCAAACGCAUCAGUCGGCACACUGAUGCAGAAGCUGUUGUCCUCAGUCCAAACGAACUGGAACAAUCCGUUCCGGAAGUGUCACAGGUUCGUGAUGACCGUCCAAGCCAAGAUGAGUGUCCAAGCCACACUGGGUUGAACGUGAUCGCAUUACGCAACCCAAGUCAACAACUAAAACGUAUCACGGCCGAAGGAGGAAUGCAAUCCUACGUUGCCAAUAAACGCCGAUCGAUCGACAAGUUUAUAUACGGAGCUGCCGAAGUUUUUGCCAUCCAAGAAGGCAAAGACACCGGUGACAAGGGGUUCGCGUUGUUGCGUAUGGCUUGCCCAGAAAGCUUGGGUUUGCUUCUAUGGCCACUGGAUGCGUGGCGAGGGUCAUCGACAGUGCAUCGUCAGCGCGGGUGA